AUGGCGCAGCGAACGCCACGAGCGGUCAGCACGAGCGUCGCAUGGAGCGACGCAUCGUCGCCGUCUCGGCGCUUGCACCGCGCCAACUCGAUGAGCCCCGUGCGUGCGCCGACGUAUCUCCAGCAGGCGUCGCCGCUCGGGUCACUCACGUCGCGCCGGGAUGGCGACCAGCGCCGGGCGACCCAAGCCGGCCUGAGCCUCCUCGGGCUGGCCUUUGACGGUGUCGACGCUGCGCCGCUGUCGCCCACGUCGUCAAUGGGUAGCUACGACCACGGCGUCGAAGGCCUCGACCCGCACCUCUUCCUCGAAGGCGUCAAGGAGCAUGCGCGCUACCUCGGGAUGGAUCCGGACUUUGACGCGGACUUUCUCUGGAUCGCGAAAGAGUCGCUUGUCGCGCCUGUGCCAGCAGGAUGGCACCAGGUCAUGACGUCCGAGGGCGCGCCGUACUACUACAACGACCAUACGGGCGAAAGCCGAUGGGAGCAUCCCUCGGAUCGCGACUACAUAGCGCUCUUCCAGGAGAUUCGCCGGCGGCAGCACAGCGGCGAGCCCGUUGACGUGGUCGCACUCAAGCACCAGAUGCUCGCGCCGCCGCCAGACGAAACCACGUGGCCGUACGCGAGCCAGUCGAGCUGGGGCUACGACGCGACGUCGCCAGCGAGUUCCCACGCCAACCUCGAGUCGUCGUACCACGACUAUUCCGAGAGCGACGUGGAGUUGGACGAGAAUGCGCAGGUGCCACUGCAGCGCAAAAAGAGCAGUGUAGCGCUGCCGUCGCCGGACGAGCACCGCGAGCUCCUCGAGAAGCUCCAUGCCGAGAUAUGCGCGCUCAAGGCCACGAUCGCCCAGAAGGACACAGAUCUCGCAGCUGCCCAGGCACGGGCAGACGGGCUGGCCUCAGCGCAGGAAACGACCGCCGCCGCCCUGGCGGUGGCGACGGCGCGGGAAGCGCAGCUGGUCGAGACCUCGGGCGCCAACCAAGUGGCCGUCGCCGACUUGGACGAAGCGCUGCGCACGGCCAAGCAGCAAAUCGUUGUGGUCACGGCGGAGCUCGAGCUAAGCAAGUCCAAGGUCGCACAAGAGAACCAAGAGCUUCGGCAGCAAGUGACAACGCUCAGCAUGCGCGUGAAGGAGCUCGAGGCGGGCAGUGACCACAAAGACGAGCUCAAGCGGUACGAACGCAAGCUGGCCAAUCUCACGGACGCUCGGGACGCGCUACAGCAAGAGCUGGAUGCACUCACGGCGUCGACGGCGGCAGAGAUUCAGUCGCUCAAGGACGCGGCAGCCAUGCACGCGGAGCAGCACACCUCAGCGCUGGCCGAUACGAGCACGGCAGCGCUGGCCGCGAACGAGGCCAAGAUCCAAGCACUCGAGCUCCAGCACCAAACUGCCUUGGCCACGGCCACUGCAGCAAUCGCGACUGAGAAAGCGAAUGUUACCAAACUGCUCGGCGUUCUCGAGUCGGAGAAGAAGACGGCAACGGCUGCCCUUCAAGCCGCCGACGUCAAAGCGACCGAAAGCGCAAAGGAGGUUCAGAUGCUUCAGGCCCAUGUAACCAAGUACAAAACCAAGUGCAAACAACUGGAAGCGUCCGUUGCCGCCAGUGAAGCCCAGUUGAAGUCACUGACGGAGGACCUCGCCGCGUCGCAGUCGUCGCUCGACACCAAACUCUCGGCGGCCAGACAAGCCGGCGCGGACGAAGCGGCGCGCACCGCUGCAGCGCAAGUGCAAGCGGCAAUCGCGGAGAAGGACCAGCUCGCGCUUUUGUAUGCGCAAGAGAUGAAGGCGCGCCGACAGCUGCACAACAAGGUCAUGGAGCUCGGCGGCAACAUCCGGGUGUUUUGCCGCGUCCGACCGAUCCAGCCCGUUGAACUGCAGAGCGACGCGGCGUCCGAGGCCGUUUUCUUCCGCCCCAACGACACGCAAGCGCUCGACUUGGUCGUUGGCGAGGGCCAAAAGCAUAUUUUCGAGUUUGACCACGUGUUUACGCCGUCGAGCUCGCAAACCGAUGUCUUUGAGCAAACGAAGGCGCUCGUUGUGAGUGCCAUGGACGGCUUCAAUGUCUGCAUCUUUGCGUACGGCCAGACCGGAUCGGGCAAGACGCACACAAUGGAGGGCCCCGACUCGGACCGCGGCGUCAAUUUUCGCGCCAUGCAAGAGCUCUUCCGCGUCCGCGACGACCGGCUCAGCGCGGGGACGAUGGAGUGCGACAUGAAGCUGAGCAUCCUCGAGGUCUACAACGAGACGAUCGUGGAUCUCUUGGACGACACGUCGACGGGCGACGAGCGCAAGACGCUCGAAGUGCGCAUGGGCAAGCACGGUGCGUUCGUCGACAACCUCAUGGAGGUCGAAGUCGCGUCGACGCGGGAUGUCGAGGACCUCAUGCGGCUCGGCCACUCGCACCGGAGUGUGGGCGGCCACGACUUCAACGAGCACAGCAGCCGGUCCCACCUCGUGCUCUCGAUCACCAUCACGAGCGUUCAGAAGGCCGACGGGAAGCGCGCAAUCUCCAAGCUCCACCUGAUUGACCUCGCGGGCUCGGAGCGCAUCAGCAAGACAGCGGCGAGUGGCCAGCGCUUAAAAGAAGCCCAGCACAUCAACCGGUCAUUGUCGUCGCUCGGUGACGUCAUUGCGGCGCUUGGCAGCCAUAGCAAGCACGUGCCGUACCGCAACUCGAAGCUUACGUUUUUGCUCCAAGAAUCUUUGAGCGGCAACUCCAAGGUGCUCAUGUUUGUGAACGUGAGUCCCGUGGCCUGGAACGCGUGGGAGUCGCUUUGCUCGCUCAACUUUGCGCAGCGCUGCCGCAGCGUUGCGCUCAAAGGACCUGGGACGCAGUCUCCGGCCAAAGCACUGCACAAAGCUCCAGGUAGCAGCACGGAAAAGACGCGCGCCACUUAG